AGCCUAUAACACUCACAAACCACAUAUAUUUAGUAUACCAAGUUUUUAUAGCGUGUAACUCUCCAUUACAUACCCUCUAAGAGAGGGACUUGAAUCCUCUAAUUUAAUUUGUUAACAUGGCGAGGCCUCUUCUUGUGUCUAACAUGCACACUCUUCUUCUAUUUUCAUCCAUGCCAACCACAACAAUUCUAUUUGUUGUUCUUUCAGUUUUUUCUAUUUUUUCCAUCAUCACUUUUCUAUGUGGUUCUAAGAACAUGAAGAAGCUCCACACAGAGGCGGAGGAGGAAGCAACGGUGUCUUCGACCAAGGAAACUAAGCUAAUUUCGAAGCUAAACAGUAAAAUUAGCACCAGAGCUAUUUCAAUGGUGAGGAUGCUAUCUUGGAGAAAAGUGCAGGCUGAAGGAGGAUUGGAAGAAGGAAACCAAGAAGAAGAAGUUCUUUGGAGGAAGAACAUCUUGAUGGGAGAAAAGUGUCGCCCGAUGGACGACGAAAAUUAGAGAUUUUUUAACGGUAAAUGUUAAUAUUGUUAUUUUUUUAUGACGACCAUAAGAUCAAACUUUAGACCUCCUUACACUAUUUAACUUUUCAAUCAGCCACCAAAACAUCUUUAUAUGCAUAAAGAAAAUUAGUAGUAACUUCUAAACUCGUGUAAGGGGAUAAAGGAUUUGUUUUGGAUUUUACAUAGGGUUUGGACUUUGAUUUGAAGGGUUAGAUUCAAAGUUUAUCGAUCGAGGUUUUUCAGAGUUGGAUUUCUAAUUCUAUGUGCUAAUUUGCUUCCUAAAAAAUAUCUCAAUGUUUUCUUUCAUA